GCUAAUAUUUGUAAUUUAAGUUUUAAAGGCAGAUUACAACAUGGUACUCAUUCUAGUUAUUAAGGCAGAAAAUCAUACUGAUAUGCUAAAGUCAUGAUCCUGAGUUCCUGAAUAAUGUUCACACACAAGAUUUGAUUUGUGAUUCUACUUCUAGUUUCUUUCAUAUUUGGGCUUGGGCUAAUGUCAAUAGAUCUUCAAAAGACUGAAACCUCAAUUGCAACUCAAACAAGUUAUGCCACUAAACGUUGCUAUGAGUCUAUGCUGCCUUGGAAACACCCAUUUCCAUAAGCCAAGAGCAGAAGGAUAAAUAGAAGAGGGCAUAUUCCCAAGACUGCUGUUUUUUGGAUGUUUUAUAAAAACGAUACUUCUAAAGAAGAAUUUUGGAAAAAAAUAAAGUAUAGAGACCUGUUGAUAAGAAAUGUAGUUAUGACAGUAAAGGUAACUGAUUCUAAGGUCUGGAAAAAGAAAACUUACCUGGAAAAGCCAAAGAAACAAUAAAAUAUAACCUUAAAUUAGCUCAUUCAGCCAUGUUGUCAACGUACAGAAAACAAAAUUUGCUUCAGAAGUCUUUACAUUCAGAUGAUAAAGAAAUUGUUGCUUUACCUCCAAUUCAUAAGCAACCAAUGGAAAAUGUGGCAAAGCCUUCCAGCAACUUGAAUCUCCAAAAAUGCACUAGUGAUAUGCUCCACGAAAUGUUUUUAUCACCACAUAUUUCAAAGUCACAGAAACAUGUAUACAAAGAUAUGUGCUCAAAAUGGACUGGGAAACAAAGAUGCCACUGGAAUAUUCCAUAUGUAAAAAUAACUGAAGAAACAGACAUGAAAGUGAAGAAGCACUUAAAGCAUCAAAUGUAUUUUCAUUUUGCUAAAAGACUGAAUCGCCCUUUAAGCAAUAAAAGACACCUUUACAAUACAGAGACAUUCAUCAUGAAGCAGGAAGGAGACGGUAGAGGUCAGGUCAAAAGUUACCAUGCAGCUGUCAAUAUUUGUUCAGAGGAGCCUCUGGUUAGAGACAAAAUCUCUGAACUCACUGAAAAUUCCAAAUACAAAACAAAAACACAAAAAUCAAUGCAAAACUACAGAGAGUUCCCCCAAAGGCAAACAAGUGGCGACUUUCUUCAUUUAGAAGAAAAAGACACAAUCCAGGAUAAUAAAUUCAACAGAAGAAUAAUAUAUUUAUCCAGAAGCACACUUUCAGGCUCUCUGCAGUUCUCAGACAUAAAUGGAUCAGAAGAGAAUGAAGCAAAAAAGGCUGUUCACAAGGGUUACAGUUUUUUGACUACAUCUCAUCUGAAAACCGAGACAGAAGAAACUAAACCCCGUAGCAUUUUCCUAAUGGAAACCCUGAAUGCCACAAAUGAUGUAAUCUGUUGUCAGAAGAGCCCAGCAGACACAAAAACAAGUAGGGAUGUAGUGAGAGGACGAAUCCAUUUGCCCUGUUUAACCAGAAAGAAAAAGUUUAUGAUCUAUAUCUGCGGAGGUUAUCAAGAUUCAGAAGUAGAACGAAAUGCAUUAAUGGAGAAAUCCUUCCCAUGGCUAUACAACUACUGUAAAAAGAGAGGUUAUGACUUCCAUGUGUUUGAUCUAAGGUGGGGAGUAAAAGAUGGUAUCACUAAUGAUCAUCAAAUGGCUUCUCUACAUACAAGGACAUUAAAGAAAUGCCAGAAAUUGGGAUUCCAAACCUUUAUCGUUUUUAUUGGCCAGAAGUAUGAUGAUCUCUCUCUUCCAGAAAUAAUAGGCAAGGAAAUUUUUGAGUUAAUUAAAGCCACGGUGAUACGUAGGAAGCUGAAUAUCAAAACAUCAAAGAACGUACCCCCUGCUGAUUUGAAAGAUGAAAUCAAAGUAGAGAGAAAUGAAAGUCAAAGUGAAAUUGUUCAGGAUUUCCAGGAUCCUGAUGCAAUGGAAGAGUUUGAAGCUGAGAUAAGCAGCCAAAAAGAACAUGAAGUGAUUAAUUCAAAUGAAUUGGAUCUGCUUAAUACUUCUUUACUCACCCAAAAGACUGUAGCUGAAUAUGAGAAAGAACUUCAGCUUUUGAAUCAAUGGUACAAGGUGGAUGAAAACUGCAUCCCUGCAGUUUACAAGCUUCAACCUAUUUGCACAGUUUACAGAGAUAUCUUCAGUAAAGAUCCAAGUCGCAGACAGCAAGCUAAAAGCAAAUGGCUGGAGUCUUUCCAGAAACUGCAUAAGAUACUUCAGGAAUAUGCUACAAUUGUUCUUGGUCAAGAAGAUGCAGCCAUGCUGCUUAGAACAACUCUGCAGCAGGAAGUGAAUCAAGGAUUCCGAGUCCAAGGAACACGUGAGGAUCACUGUCACUGCUUCAAAAGAAAUAUAACUGACCUACAAUGCAAUCUGUCAGAUCCCCAGGCAUCUAAAUAUAUUGAUAUCCACCCAUUAAAACUAGAAGUGAACAAAACUAUUAACGAAGAACAUCAAAACUUUGUGAAGAGCAUUCAUUCCAGGCUUCGUCAUACAAAUAUUUACAAGAAGAAUGUUAGCUGGGGAAAAGGUGGCAUCAAUCCCAACAGGAACAGGUCCCAUGCCUACUACCUAGAAUGCCUUUGCAAUGACUUUCAGAAAAUUGUUGUUAAUCAUUUCAACAGAAUCAUCAGUUCAGAAGGAAUGCCAGAAAGACUAUGUACUAAAAGAAAGCAAGAAUUUAACAUUCUUAAUGAUGAAGAGAUUCUGGAACACAUUCAACAUUAUCAGGCCUUGAUUAAACGUAUAAAAGGAAGACAAAUCUUCCUGAGCAAGCUGAAGAAUCAGGUUACAUCUUUAAACAGAAAAGUAACUGUUGUUUGUGGUGUGGCAGGAUCGGGAAAAAGUGGGAUCAUUGCAGAAGUAGCUUCUUUGGCUUCAAACUGGAUUUCUGGGAAUCUCAGAAUUGUGCUUCGAUUUAUUGGUAUAACUGGAGAAAGUAGAAAUGUCCGACGGCUGCUUCUGAGUCUUUGCUACCAAAUAGCUGACAUUUAUAAUAUUUCUGUCACUUUAUCUGAGGAUUUUGAGGGACUGGUAGAAGAAUUUUCCUCUCUGCUGGAAUUUGCUACACAAGACAAGCCACUCCUAAUCUGCCUGGAUAGUAUAGAUGAUUUAUCAGAGGAAUAUGGUGCUGCCCUUUCUUGGAUACCACCUGAAUUACCAAAGAAUGUGCAUUUUAUUGUUUCUACUUGUUCAGAAUCAGACAUUUCAUGCAUAAGAAAACUGGAGAAAAUCACCUUGAAAGAACAUUUUUUUCAAAUACCUCCUUUAACAUUUGAAGAAAUCAAUGAAAUUAUCAUCUGUUGGCUCGAAAAGGAUCAUCGAAGACUCUCUCAGUAUCAGUUCAAUCACUUAAUGGAAGCAUGCAAAGCCUGCCCAUUGCCACUUUACCUAUACUGUGCUUAUAAGGAAUCCUGUUUAUGGACAUCUUUCAGCCCAGACACAGAGGUGUAUCUCCCUCAAAGUAUACCUGACAUGUAUUCUUGGAGGCUGAGCAGAAUGGAAAGAUCUCAUGGAGAACAAAUUAUACAAAGGAUGGCAGCUUAUUUGACACUUUCAAGAAAUGGCAUCACUCAGGAAGAAUUGCUCAACCUCAUGUCAAUGGAUUGUGUGGUCAUUCAAGAAAUAAAUAAAUUCCAAAAAAGCUCAGUGUCAGCAUUUCCACUAGUGUUAUGGCUGAAGUUUUUAGAUGAUCUUGGCGAUGAUUUGAGAGAGCAAAGAACUGAUAACACAUAUGUUUUUGCUUGGGCUCAUACGUCUUUAAAGCAUGUGUGCAUACAAAGAUACCUGAAAUCACAAGAUUCCCAAAUAUCACUACAUGCUAUCUUUGCUGACUAUUACCUGGGUAGAAGCUCACAGGAGUUCAGGAAGUGCAAUGAGCCAUCAAUAUUUCAGCCUCUGGCCUGGACUCUCAAAAAAGGAUCCAAGACUAGUUACAACUUCAAUAUCCGUAAAAUCUUUGGGGCUCCAUAUCAUCUCAUCAGAUCAAAAAAUAUUGCUGCUCUGAUUAAAGAGUGCCUCUUUAAUUAUGAAUUUCUUUUGUACAAAUCCUGGGCCUCAUCAAUUGUCAGUAUUGAAGAAGAUCUAGGAGCAGCUAUUAAUAUUGACAGGACUAUACCUGACUUAGCCUUAUUAAGUGAGACUCUCAAAUUGUCCAAGAGGGUUUUAAUAAAAGAUCCAUGCCAGAUGGCUUCACAGCUGACAGGCCGUCUUCAUCAGAUUGUUGCAGCUGAUAUACCAGUAGCACCAGGUGAUCCAAAAAAAUACCUUUACCUGCCAGUUCUUUUAUCCCAGUGUCAGAAAUCUUCUAUUCCUGUUCUUAUACCUUCAACCUCUUGCCUUAUAGCUCCUGGUGGACUUCUCUGUGAUCUUUUGAAAGGUCAUUUGGACAGAAUUACAGCAAUAGGAGAAACCCAGAAACAGCUCAUAGCUGCAACAGUUUCCAGGGAUGGUAUUUUGAAAAUGUGGGAUUUGACUCUUGGCAAAGCGGUCUUCACUCUACAUGAAAUUGGGAAAAAUAUUAGUACUAUCACAGUAUGUUUGGACAACAGGCUGGUGGCUGUGUCUGACAAGACCAACAUUAAAAUUUGGGAUCUUUCCUUGCAAAAAGUGGUGUAUAGUUCUGGUGAAUUUUUGGAUACACCAAUACUAACAUCUUCAAUGAAUGGACAACUUCUGAUAGCUUUUUUUAGUGGGAUCCACAAAAUUCAGGUUUUUGAUCUUGUUCAUUCAUGCCAACUGCUCCAUGAAGUCUACCUUUUUUCUGAAGAAGCUCCUAUGCACAAGACUCAUUCUCUACUAGUAUCAAAGAACUCAGUAAAAGAUUAUGUUCUGUGUGCGUAUAGAAGUGCAAGCGAAGCAAUGGUUUUCAGUGGCAAAAAGGGAGAAGUAGUUGCUAGACUGAAAAGCCAGGAACCAAUGGCUGCAGCUGAGGGGGUGGCUAUCACUAAAGAUUAUUUUCUUGUGAUCUUCAGGUGCCCUUUCAUACGAAAGCAAGAAAUUGUUCUUAUAGAGCUCUACAAUGUCCAUACUUUUGCUUAUGCUCAUAGUCUGAAGGGUUGCUGCAAUGAUUAUAUUCACACUUUUGCUGUAAAUCGUUUGGGAUCUCAUCUUGUGGCAUUUAGUCCUAUUCCAAAUACUGGUACUACUGAGAUAGUAUCAUGGAACUUGGAGUCUGAAGACCACAAACACUUGGCUAAAUUUCCUUCAGUCCUUGUCGAUGGUAUAUGCUCUGACCUUCGAUAUUGUUUAGCAUUCUGUGAUGGAGAUAAUUACCUUCGAUCCUGGAACUUGGCUUCCAAAAUCAAUGACCAGUCUUUGACUGUCACUGCAAGCAACACAAAGAAAACAAAUGGUAUUCAGAAUAUUGUGACAAUGAAAAACUAUCCCAGGUAUGCUGUGUGCCGAAACACAAGUCCGGGAGUCAUAGCAGUAUGGAAUAUUUUAAAAUCCAAGUGUAAACAUAAUGCUGUGCGGGUGGAAAGAGGGCUGGUAGAGAACACAGACGUUGUACUGGCGAGAGACAUGAAACUUUAUAUACUUACAGGCAAGGGAAUAGCCUCCUUUGCAGAUCCUCCAAGAUCAAUUUUCCAGACGCUGUUAGUUUAUGAUCUUCUGAAAAAGAAGUACAUAAAGAAGCAGAGUGGGCUUUACAUAAUUCCUUGUCCAAAUAAUGAAUACAAGAUGCUAGAAGGAGGCCUUCUACUUGGUCUUUCUGAGAACAGAGACCAUUUUGUUACUUGGAACUUGGAGACAGGACUUAUUAAGGAUCGAUUAAGACCAGAAUACAAAGAAAAUUUUGUCUUGCAAUGUACUCAACCCACUACCCAUUCCUCAUCCAAAGAAAACAUGAAGAGACCUAAAGGAGUUUUGUAUAAAGAAAAAACAGCAUUAUGGCAUCCCUGGGAAAAGCGAAAUGAAACCAAUACUGGAAAGAAAAGGAAAAAAGAAAAGGCAUUAAAACUGGAGGUAGAGACAUUACAAAAACUAGCUAAAGAGAAAAACAAUACUAUUGAUCAGUUCCUCCUGAGUGGAGAUGAGAAGAUAGCUGUGUGUUCCUACUAUGCACAUCAUCUAUCAGUGUUCAGCUUGGAAACCAUGUCCUAUCGCCACACACUUGAGAGCAAAGAAUCAAUGCUUUUUUUAUAUAAUGCUACCUUAACAUAUACUGGGCAUUAUCUAGUGCUUUCCAAUUACAAUGAGGAGGAAAAAAUCAGCUAUGUAACACUAUGGAAUUUAAUCACAGGAAAGGUUAGAAAAAGAUUAAAAAACGAGCCUAAUGUCUGCUGUACAGCCAUUUCUGCAGAUGGCAGUAGGAUCAUUUUUGGAGUGAUGGUGGAUAACCUGAUUAAGAUUUGGGAUCCAUUUAAGCAUAAACACAAAUUAAUGCAAGGUUAUGAAGGUCUUGAUAUGACUGUGAAUAGCAAAUUGCACAUAUUAGAUGGAACAAAAGCAAUUCUACUUGCAGGUGAGGUCAGUUUCUGGGAUUUGGAGAGUGGCACAGUUAUAUCCAUCUUUACAUUUGAUAGCAAAAUCUCUUGCAUGACUGUUGCCUGUGACAAAAAGACAGUUCUUUUAGGCUUGAGCAACAGCUCUACUCUUACCACUUUGAAAAUGAUGAGCAUAAACACUGCUGAAAAUUCAAUAGGAAAAGAUUUGUUUGGAGAAGACUCAUCAAGCAGUGAAGAAGAACAUGAAAAUAUUUAAAAGAGAAUUUGAACAAAAUAAAAUCGAGCAUAAACAAAUGAAA